UCCACUUAAACAGACGGUCCACUUAAAGAGAGGUCUGCUCCGCUCUCUGCUCGAAGUGGUGGUAGAAGCUCCAGGGCUCCAGAAGGAUCACCAGCAACCUGCAAAGUCCUCAACUUAGAGUUCAUGAUGGCUCAGCAACCUCUCCUCUCACUGCCUGAGUUUCGCAAUGUCACUACUGGAACUCUUGUAGUGAAAGAGCCACUGAAUUUUUGGGGUGGAGCAAGAGUCCAGUCCAAAGAUACAAAGAAUGCUGAGCCAGUCUACGAACCUGCAACUGGUCGUGUGCUGUGUGACAUGAUUCCCUGUGGGGAGGAAGAAGUAGACCAGGCAAUAAAGAGUGCCCACUCUGCCUACCUGAAAUGGAGUAAAUUGUCUGGUAUGGAGAGAGCUCGGAUCAUGCUGGAGGCUGCUCGUAUUAUCAGGGAACGAAAAAAUGAAAUAGCCAGGCUGGAAGUCAUCAACAAUGGCAAGAGCAUCACGGAAGCUGAAGUGGAUAUUGACAUAUCCUGGCAGACUAUUGAGUACUAUGCUGGCAUUGCUCCUACUCUGGCAGGGCAGCACAUCCAACUCCCCGGCGGCUCGUUUGCUUACACCCGCAGAGAGCCACUUGGAGUGUGUGUAGGAAUUGGAGCCUGGAACUACCCUUUCCAGAUUGCUGCAUGGAAGUCAGCCCCAGCUCUGGCUUGUGGUAAUGCCAUGGUGUUUAAGCCUUCUCCCAUGGCUCCAGUGACUGCAGUCGUUUUGGCAGAGAUCUACAAAGAGGCCGGGGUGCCAGAUGGGUUGUUUAAUGUGGUGCAGGGAGCAGCCGCCACUGGUACUCUGUUGUGUCACCACCCAAUGGUGGCUAAAGUGUCCUUCACUGGCAGUGUGCCUACUGGCAAGAAGGUGAUGGAGAUGUCAGCCAAGGGUGUGAAGCAGGUGACUCUGGAGCUGGGAGGAAAGUCACCUCUCAUCAUCUUUAAAGACUGUGAUCUGGAGAAUGCAAUCAGGGGAGCACUCAUGGCUAACUUCCUAACACAGGGGCAGGUUUGCUGCAAUGGGACACGAGUGUUUGUGCAGAGGGACAUUAUGAAGCCAUUCCUGGAGGAGGUGGUGAAGAGGACCAAGGCCAUUGCAGUUGGUGAUCCUUUGCUGGAGGGAACACGGAUGGGUGCCUUGAUCAGCAAACCACAGAUGGAUAAAGUGCUGGGCUUUAUUAGCCAAGCUCAGGAGCAGGGAGCCAAGGUGCUGUGUGGUGGAGUACCAUUUGUUCCUAGUGACCCCAAGCUUAAAGGAGGCUACUUCCUGUCCCCCUGUGUGCUGGAUAACUGCAGGGAUGAUAUGACCUGUGUGAAGGAGGAGAUCUUUGGACCUGUGAUGUCCGUUUUGCCAUUUGACACAGAGGAGGAGGUCUUGGAGAGGGCCAACAACACAACCUUUGGUCUGGCUUCUGGAGUCUUCACCAGGGAUAUUGCUCGGGCCCACAGAGUGGCUGAAAAUCUUCAGGCAGGAACCUGCUUCAUCAAUAACUACAACAUCAGUCCAGUGGAGGUCCCAUUUGGAGGCUACAAGCAUUCAGGUUUUGGAAGAGAGAACGGCACGGUGACCAUCGAGUACUACUCUCAGCUGAAGACUGUGGUGGUGGAAAUGGGGGAUGUUGACAACUAUUUUCAAUAACUCCACAAAGCCAUAACCCUCAAUAUGAUAAUGUGAAAAUCCUUUAAAUCUUCAAUAAAUACUAUAUUUUAGGUUUAUUCCACCUCAGCCAGAACCAGCAGUGUUUAAAGGAUACUAAAACAGUAUUGAUCCAUAGCCAGCCAAGAUACUCCUCCAGCAAGUGCCUAUAAUAUACUAACCCUGUAAACUGCAGCCGUUCUCUGCAGUCAGACUGAAUUCAGUGUUAUUCUGCAGUGUCUUACCUUCGCUAAUCUUAAAGCUAAUCCGUCAUGUUCUGUUAAAGCUUAAUUGUUAGAGAAUAAGCAUGUUAUGACACUAACGUUCCCCUGUACAAUAAUAUUCACUAACUUUCAGACCAGACACUCACUGUCAGAUUCUUGCACAUUUCUACUAAAACAGUUUCUCAUACAAAAAUAAAAAGUUUCUUCUGUUACAGAAUGAAAA